AAUCAUUCACAAUGGGUGACGCAGAGAUCACGGCAUCGUCAUGGAGAUUGGUCGAGGUUGGCCGAAUCGUCCUCAUCUCAAAAGGACCUUCUGAGGGAAAGCUGGCUACAAUCGUCGAGAUCAUUGACCACAAGCGCGCUCUCGUCGAUGGACCAUCAACAGACACCAAGACCGCCUGCCCUCGCCAAGCAGUUGCCCUCCAAAACGUCAUCCUCACUCCUCUGGUCCUCGAGAAGCUCCCCCGUGGUGCACGAACUGGUGUUGUCAAGGCGCAAUGGGAGAAGGCUGGUAUUGAGGCGAAGUGGCAAGAGAGUUCGUGGGCCAAGAAGCGUCAACAAAGAGAGCGAAGACGAGCAUUGACCGAUUUCGACCGAUUCAAGGUUAUGCGAUUGAAGAAGCAGGCACGAUUCGAGAUUCGAAAGUCUUUGUCUAAGGUCAAGGCUGCGAAAUAGAGGAUUGAAGGGUUUGGGCUUGCUAUCAUGACUGCGUUGGGUUGCUGGAUUCCUUUGCUUCUCUGGGAGCUUUGUAUCCUACGUCAAAUUUGACAGGCGUCAGAGCAUAUGGACUUCAUAAAAGACAAAUGGAGUGCUUUCCGAGAAUUUUGCUACGGGUGAUCUGGUUCUAUGUGUCCAUGUUUGUGUGUUUAAAGUUUUGGGGAUAGAAGUCCAUUGUGAUAUUCAGCAGCUCCAAGAGCAAAAUCGAAAAUGCCCAUGAAAUAUCCGUG